AGCUUGGUUUGCUCUGAUGCCAUGGCCAGAGGUAUGGAUGUGGACAAUGUCCAGUAUGUGCUGUCCUAUGACUCUCCACCAUAUAUAAAGACAUAUAUCCACAGGGUAGGGAGGACUGCCAGAGCUGGGAAAGUGGGAACAGCUGUCUCCCUGUGUGAAAAGAAGGAGAUUUUCCAUUUCAAGAAGAUGAUUAAAGAGGCAGGGAAGACUAGUGUGUCAGAAAUGAAGCUGAGAAAGUCAGACUACAAAGCAUUAGUGGAACCAUACAAAAAUGCAUUAGCAGAACUUCAAGAAAUUCUCAAAAAAGAAAAGAAAGGAAAAUGACGAAGUUAAAAAAUACACUACAGUUAGAUUUGUUGUUAUGCUGUAGCAGGAUGAAACAUUCUUAUGAUAACCAUAUGAUGACUUUUCUGAUAGUCUGGAUUAUGAAUCUGAGAUUGGAAGGAAAGAGAUGAAAUAAAACAACAGUUAUGACAAAGACCUAAUUAAAUUUGUAACGAUCGCUUUACAUAGAUUUAAAAACUGCUUAGUAAAGUACAUGUGGACAAAGAUGAAUGGCAAUGCACCUAACCAAACUAAUACAACUAUAUGGCAAAGAUUUGUCAUGGAUCCUUUCACAUGAGUCAUAAGUUCACUGAUUAGUCCACAUGGGCUAAAUCCCUCAAGUCAAUUUUAAACUUUGUUAAAUCGGUCAAAUUAAGUUUUGUGUGAAAAUGAAUAAAAGAUAUAGUAUUUUUCUUAACUGUUAUAUGAUGCAUAGUUUUAAAAUAAAUGACUGCCAUCAG